AGAACUGCAGCCGUUCAGAAGAGACAAGAACAGGGCUCCACAAUGUUUUAUCACUCCAAGAAAACUCUCCAGAUCACAGUUCUUGUCGUCCUCUUUGCCAUUGUCUUGGGGUCCGGUAACUCAUAUCGACGCCCAACCAAGGUGACCACAAACUGCUGCAAGCAAGUCUCUGGGAGGCGAAUCAUGUAUAAUGUUACACAUUAUACAAUUCAGAAUGGAAUGCCUCCUUGUGUGGAAGCUGUAAUAUUCUACACAUCGGAGAUAGGAGCCAUUUGUUCCAAUCCUACUCUACUCUGGGUGGCGAGAAAGAUCAAAAUGAUUGAAAACAAGAUAGCAGCUGCCCGAGGGAAUGACAGAGCGAUUGCAGAUUGAAAGGAUUUUUCAGCUUAUGUUUUUUCAGCUAAUUCUUUUACAUUUUCCUUGCAAUAUUAAAGUUUAAAAUCUGUUAAACCUUCAAUUACUAGAUAUUCAAGCUUUCUUUGUCAUAUUCUACACGCCGUAUUCAAAGUAAUAAUAAUAGUCCUUGCAUUUGAUAUAGAGCCUUAUCAUGUUGUUGAGACAUCGCAAAGUGCUUCACAGUAUACAUGCAAAGUACAGUUGCAGUAAUGUAAAAUUAAAAAAGUCUAGUUACUCUAAUGCUUAUCUCCCCCCCCUCUUGAUCAUUUGUUGCCUCAGUCUCUCUUUUGUUUGGCACUUUUUAAUCUAGGAUUCUGAGAAUUUGACUAAUCUGCCCAGUGGAAUUCAGAGAAAUCCAUAUCAAGUGCAAACACCACUGACUUUUUUUUCUCCUGUUGAUGUAGACUCAGAGGUUUUAUUAAAGGAUUCAAAUG